AUGCGUGCGAUUUCGAUCGAUAAAGUCCGUAUUCUUCUUGAAAUUCCGGAAAUGCCGACGGACCUCAUCCAGGAAGCUUUGACUGUGGCCGGGGAAGACCAAAAAUACCCAGAUGGUUUCAAAGCCCUGGCUCAGCUUGGCACGACCUGCAUCAAUACUUGCUUUCUGGAAAUGGGAUAUAAAGGCUCACUGAGGAGGGAGAUCAAUUCCGAUAUCAGCACCAAAUACAACUCAAGCGUGUAUCGGGCAUCUGUGGCGAAGAGGAAUGGCAUCGACCACCUGAUUGAAUAUGGUAAAAAUGGCAAAGAAACCGAAAACAAUCUUGCUUUUGCCAUCAGCGCACUUAUUGCCACCGCGUAUCUCACACGCGGCUCAGAGGGUCUUCCUCUACAAGCGAAUGUGCUGAUACCGUCCUUCCAAUUCUCUCUACAGGACUUGAUGGUUUGGGGCUGGUAG